UUCUUCUCUCUGUUUAGUUUCUUUUUCACACUCUCUCGCUUGGCCCCGCACAUUUGCUUGCCAGAGGGCAUGUAAUGUGUUUAUCUUUGUAAACAUAUGUUUGUAUGUUACCGUGUUUGUGUACAUGCUGGCUUCAGGGCAGCAAGCUGAUAUAUAAGCACAGCCCUCAGUCAGGUGCUUUUUUCUCUUGCUUGCUAACCAUGAACACACUGCCAGGCUUUUCUGGAGCCAGGAUCUCAGGUUGCUGGGCUUUAAGGGCAGACAGCAGUGGGGGAGGUGAAGGCUCUCUGGACAGGCUUCUCCCAUCUGUCAACACAGCACUUUCACCACGCAAACGUACCACCAGUCAGUGCAAAUCAGAACCCCCGCUGCUUCGCACAAGCAAACGAACCAUCUACACAGCUGGUCGUCCACCCUGGUACAAUGAACAUGGCACACAGUCCAAAGAAGCAUUUGUUAUUGGUCUUUGCGGAGGAAGUGCUUCUGGUAAAACAACAGUAGCCCGGAAGAUAAUUGAAGCUUUGGAUGUUCCAUGGGUUGUGCUCCUGUCAAUGGAUUCCUUUUACAAAGUACUUUCAGAUGAAGAGCAGUUGCUGGCUGCAAGCAAUGACUAUAACUUUGACCACCCAGAUGCAUUUGACUUUGACCUGCUUGUCUACACACUCCAGAAACUUAAACGGGGCAAGAGUGUGAAGAUCCCAGUGUAUGACUUCACCACACAUGGCCGUCAGAAAGAGUGGAAAACUGUGUAUGGUGCCAGUGUUAUUAUAUUUGAAGGGAUCAUGUCCUUUGCAGAUAAGGAGUUGUUGAAGUUGUUGGACAUGAAAAUAUUUGUGGAUACCGAUUCUGACAUACGGCUAGUACGGAGGCUUAGGAGGGACAUCUCAGAGAGAGGCAGAGAAAUUGAAGGAGUUAUAAAACAGUACAACAAAUUUGUAAAGCCUGCCUUUGAACAAUAUAUAGAACCAACCAUGAGACUAGCAGAUAUUGUUGUGCCUCGAGAGCUGAGAAGAAAUGCUCCACGCACCCACCGAAGAGGCAAACUUGCAUCCCAGCAUCCAAAACUGUCUUUGUCUGGCCAAAUUCUCAAGAAGUAUCGCCUUAUCCAUAGGGUUCAUGAGUUUGGCCUGACUUACAAAACACUGACAGAAAAAAUACCAAAACAAAGGAAGCCUAGGUUCCUCCAGACCAUAUCCCUAAGUGUUCACAGUUUUUUGGAAAACAAUGCAAGGAUGACAACAGACAAGCAAGACACCAUUACCAGGAAAAAAGUAAAAUGUCAAAGGAUUAUUCUAAACGACACAUUGCAAAACCUUCACAUUGCAUUUGUCCAGCAAAACCCAAACAUUAGACUUAGUUACUCGUCCUUCUGUGCAUUGCGUCCAUUUCACAUUACACCUCCAAGAGCCUCAGACCGAAACACGUCAGUGUCUGUACCAUGAGAAUGCAACACUGAUGCUUGAGGUCCUGAAGUCAUUCCAUGCUUUAACAACCAGCAAACUUGAAGAGAGUUUCCAACUUGUACUGUAUGUUGUUCUCCAGCAAACGAAUCUUGUCUUUUACGUACCUGCACCCGAUGUCUGAACAAAUUUUCAGUUCUUUCUCCAGAGCAAGGGAAAACACAAGUGGAGUGGAAGCAGUGGAAGCGUAUUGAGGAGGGAACAGAAGAUGGGGCGCACUUUCACACCAAACUUGUGAAACACACUGGCACUCUUUCAGAGCUUAUGAUUCUCUACCAAGACAAACUAAGAAAUGUGACAACCACCCAUGUCCACUCAGUUCAUAAUCAAACCAAGGAUUACAGGAACAUGAUAACAAAUUGUGAUGAAACCACUGUUAUUGUUCAUGUUGACUUCUCUGAGGCCUGGAAAUGUAAAUACAGUUCAGAAGUACAAUCCUGUCACUAUGGGCAAAACCUUCCGCAGCUCACAAUUCAUACAGGCAUGUUCUACACCAAACAUGAAAAGGUAGGAUUCUGCACGGUCUCAGAGUCCAAGCGCCAGGAUGCUGCAGCCAUCUGGACCUAUAUGGAUUAAAUCCUGACAGGCAUUCAUGCAAGAUUUCCAAAGAUUAACACUGUUCACUUUUGGUCAGAUGGUCGAAGCAAACAUUAUAAAAAUAAAAAGAACUUUCAUCUCCUCUGUGCUGUCCCUCCCCAAAAGGGAUUCAAGAAUGCAACGUGGAAUUUCAUUCCUACUUCACAUGGCAAGGGUGCCCCAGAUGGCAUUGGGGCAACAGUUAAGAGGUGUGCAGACAGUAUUGUGCUGAGAGGUCAGGACAUUGUGGAUGGCAGAGCAUUUUAUGAGAUGGUAUCCAGCAGCCUAAGUGGUGUCAAGCUACAAUACGUUACCAGUGAUGAUUUUCAGUCCUAUGACACUCCUCAUGCCACCCCUGAAAACCAUUCCUGGAACAAGGAAGAUUCAUCAAGUUGUAGCUAAAGGGAACAUCAUCCAUUGUAGAAACAUUUCGUGUUCUUGCAAUGAGCCACAGAUUUGCCAGUGUUUCAGUCCUGUUACUCACACUUUGGAUGGCAUCCCUCAAGACCCAGAUGAAGGACCCAGACAGAGUCCUCUGGCAAUGCUGAUGGAGGCCAUGGAGAAAGAGCCUAGCAGAGAACCUGAGGGCACAACAACUGGGAUAGGCCCCGGUGAUACUCAGAGUGGAGACUGGCUUGUUGUCAUGUACUGUAUGAACAGAAUUGGUGGCUGGCUAAAGCCUUAACAAUUGACCCAGAGCAUCAAGAUGUUCAAGUUGAAUUUUUUCACCCUCAUGGGCCAAAUGUUUGUUUUCAGGAAAAAACAAGGACGGCGGAUGUCUGCUUUGUGCCGUUUACAGAUAUUCUAGUCAAGCUGAAUGAGCCAUCAUCACCCGUCCGUACAAGCAGCACCAGGGACAUAUAUAACAUAUCAGCAGAGGUCAUGGAUUUCAUAGAAGAGCAACACUUGAAUCGUCUGUUGCCUGGUGUUUAAACUCCAUCGACUGCCUUGAGAAGUCAAAUGUUACGUUUUUAUAACCGUUUAGCAAUAUUUUAAAGGUUUAGUUGUCAUUUUGACUAUGGUUGAUUUGAAUUAGUUUAUAUACUUUAUAAGGAGCAUAUAUUUGAAGCUGUUGUGGACUUUACAAUGGGGGUUUAUUUCUUUUUCUAUUGCCUGUAAAGUCCAUCUACUCCCAUUAGAUGAAAAAUUGGUUAUAUAAUGUGUUUUCUUCAUAUCUUGCAAUGUUAUGAUAUUUGUGAGAGGUCAAUGUUCCUAUUGAAUGAAAUAUUUUUCUGUUUCUUACAAGUUUGUCACCACCUUCAGUUUUGUGUCAACACUGAUGAUGCCUUGUCAACUCCGUCAGAAUGAUAUAUUGUUGUUUUUUUUAUAA